GAAAUUCCGUGCGUGCAGCAACAACACAACGAGCGAGCACCCGUUCUGUCUGCCCCCCCAAAAAAAAUAGAAAACCAAACGAAACGAAGAACUAUAAAAAUUAUCGCGUUUUUUUUCGGUUUAGCAAAGCGGAAGCUUGCAAGCUAUUCGCAUUUAAACUACAACUGUGUGUGUGUGCAUAUGUGUGUUUAAGCUGAAAGCAAAAAGUGCGACAGAAUGUGUGGUGUCGAAUGUGAUGGAGGAGGAAAUAACAAACGCUGAUAAUAAAAACGCGUCUGAAAAAAUCAAUCAGUUUUUCUUUUUUCUUAAUGCUGCUGUAAAAGGGGCGCGCGGGCGGGCGACACAACAAAAAUGAGUAGCAGCGCCGCCGCCGCCCAGCUGACUGCGUCGUCAGUCAGCAGCAGCAGCAGCAACAACAAUUCAACAACGACGACGAGUGAAAGCAAUCUUAUCAUCAUACAGGAUAUGAUUGAGCUGUCGGCCAACCAUCUGGAAGGAUUGCGCACGCAAUGUUCGACAACAGCCACGCUCACACAACAGGAGAUACGCUGCCUGGAGUCCAAGCUGGUGCGCUACUUCUCCGAGCUGCUGUUGACCAAAACACGGCUCAACGAACGUAUACCCGCCAACGGUUUGCUGCCCCAUCAUCAGGCGACGGGCAGCAGUGAGCUGAGGCAAUGGUUGCGUGUUGUGGGCUUGAGUCCCGAGUCGCUAGCGUCGUGUUUAAGUCGACUGACAACGCUGGAGGAGACCUUGCAGCUAAGCGACGAAGAACUGAAACAGCUGCUCGCCAAUAAUCCCAGUCAUCAAUUGGACGAGGAGAUGCGUCGUCUAACCAAAGCGCUGCACAAUCUACGCAAAUGCAUGGAGACUAUUGAGAGUUCCCCAAGUGGGAACGUGGACCCGGAGCAAUGGCAUUGGGACUCUUGGGAUCGACCGCAUGCGGCGCCAACGCAUCACAUGCAUCAUCGCGGCAGCAUUGGCAACAUUGGCCUGGGCGGUGCACUGAGCACAUCAUCGCCGCGUGCGCAUCAUCGACAGCAUCCGCAUAGCAAUCUGAAGGCAGCCAAGGUGACGCAGCAGCAGCAACAACAACAGCAACAGCAGCCACUGACUGGUUCACAGUUGACCUUAACGUUGACGCCAUCGCCACCCAACUCGCCCUUUACGCCGAGCCACGCCUCCGGCACCGCCUCUGCAAGUGGCACUCCGCAGCGCACACGCAGCUCUGCCACAUCAGCUGGUGCAACAGCAGCGUCAACAAAUGUGGGCACGCCACCGCCUGCGAAGAAACAUCAAACGCUGCUGAUGCAACACACCACAAGCAGCGCCUCGGACAGCAGCAGCAUCGUGGGCGGCAGCAGCAGCGGCGCAGAGCAACCGCCACGUCCGCCACGCAAUCGCCUGCCCACAGAUCCCAGUCCCGAUAGUCACAGUUCGACCAGCUCCACGGACAUCUAUGUGGACUCGGUGAACAGUAGCAGCAAUGUGUUGCUGGUGCCACCGUCACCGGGUGUUGCUCACGUGGGCAUGGGACACACGAUCAAGCAUCGUUUCAGCAAAUGGUUUUGCUUCAUGGCCACCUGCAAGUUGUGCCAGAAACAGAUGCUGAGCCAUGGUCUCAGGUGCAUCGAUUGCAAGUACAUUUGCCACAAAUCCUGCGCCCCUCAUGUGCCGCCAUCGUGCGGUUUGCCACCGGAAUAUGUGCACGAGUUUCGACAGACGCAGGUGGGCGGCCGUUGGGAUGCAACGCAACUGGGUGUGGCUGGCAAUAGCAAGGCGUCGCCGGUGCUGAGGAAGAACACACUGGGCAAGCCACAACAGUUGCAGCAACAUCAGUUGCAACAGCACGGCGACAGUAGCUCGCCCAGCUCCAGCUGCACAAGCUCCACACCUAGCAGUCCAGCACUGUUCCAGCAACAACAGCAGCAGCAGCAUCAACAGUUGCUGGUGUCGACGCCAACUGGCUGCCAUCCGAAGCCAUUGCCAGCACUGCCAACACAGCAGCAACAUCCACAACAACAACAGCAGCCGCAUAGUCAAUUCAACUUCCCCAACGUGACCAUUACGAGCAGCAAUGCGUGCAACAGCAACGCGAGCAAUGCUUCACAAACGCUUAUCUCCAAUGAGACGACAGCGGUGGGUGUUGUUGUUGCCAGCGAAUCACUGACCAAUGGCAACAACAAUACUAACAGCGCUCACAAUGCGAACAGCAACAGCAGCAACCACAGUGGUAGCAACAGCAGCAACAGUCACAGUCACGGUCACGGCAACAGCAAUAACAACAGUAACAGCAACAGCAACAGUUGCAGCAACAACAGCAGCAGCUCGAACAACGGACACAUUCAUUCACUAACCGGCAGUCAAGUAUCCACACACUCCACAGUCUCGCAGGUGUCGAAUGUGAGCAGCAGCGGCAGUGUCACCUACACGGGCAGCUUGGUCAACAGCGGCAGUUUCUUUCCACGCAAACUAAGCAAUGCGGGCGUGGACAAGCGGAUUCCCUUCACCAGCGAAUACAGCGACACCCACAAGUCCAACGAUAGCGACAAGACGGUGUCGUUGUCGGGAAGCGCUAGCACUGAUUCGGAUCGUACGCCAGUGCGUCUGGAUUCCACCGAGGAUGGCGAUUCGGGACAGUGGCGACAGAAUUCGAUAUCGCUCAAGGAAUGGGACAUACCAUAUGGGGAUCUGCAUUUACUCGAACGCAUUGGCCAAGGGCGCUUUGGCACCGUGCAUCGUGCGCUUUGGCACGGCGAUGUGGCCGUCAAGCUGCUCAAUGAAGACUAUCUGCAGGAUGAGCAUAUGUUAGACUCGUUUCGCAAUGAGGUGACCAAUUUCAAGAAGACUCGCCACGAGAAUCUGGUGCUUUUUAUGGGCGCCUGCAUGAAUCCGCCGCAUCUGGCCAUUGUCACGUCGCUGUGCAAGGGCAACACACUCUACACGUACAUACAUCAGCGACGGGAAAAGUUUGCCAUGAAUCGCACCCUGUUGAUUGCCCAGCAGAUUGCCCAGGGAAUGGGCUAUUUGCAUGCGCGUGACAUCAUACAUAAGGACUUGCGCACGAAGAACAUCUUCAUUGAGAACGGCAAGGUGAUCAUCACGGAUUUUGGACUGUUUAGCUCGACAAAGCUGCUGUACUGUGAUAUGGGAUUGGGUGUGCCCCAGAACUGGUUGUGCUACCUGGCGCCAGAAUUGAUACGCGCUCUGCAGCCGUCCAAGCCGCGUGGCGAGUGCCUGGAGUUCACCUGCUAUUCGGAUGUCUUCUCGUUUGGUACCGUUUGGUAUGAGCUCAUUUGCGGCGAGUUCACGUUCAAGGAUCAGCCGGCGGAAUCGGUGAUUUGGCAGGUGGGACGCGGCAUGAAGCAAUCUCUGGCCAAUCUGCAGUCGGGGCGAGAUGUCAAGGAUCUGCUGAUGCUGUGCUGGGCAUACGACAAGGAGCAGCGACCGGAUUUUGCACGUCUACUCUCAAUGCUUGAGCAUUUGCCAAAGAAACGUUUGGCGCGCAGUCCAUCGCAUCCCGUCAAUCUCUCGCGUUCUGCAGAGUCUGUCUUCUAAGCACACUCACACUCACA